CUCUGCACGUCAACCUUCGCUCGACAAGGCAGUGUUGGCUUUCACACUGGGCACAACAAAUCCCGAGCGCCCAAAAACCCUUCGAUGUCCGUCCCGUCUCCCACUCUCAUGAGGGCGUAUCUUCGGUGAUCAUGCCCGCUGGCCUCCCACGCUACCGCCCACCUGCCCCUCCUCGAGCACUCAAAUACGCUGGCAGACGGUAGCGGAGGCUGCCUGACCCGCAAACAUGUUCGAGAAAUCUCUCUACGACCUCAUCCGAGGCCUGCGCAACCACAAAGGCAGCGAAAGAGAGUACAUCAGCGAGUCGAUAAAAGAAUGCCGCAAGGAAAUCCGCUCCAACGACAUGGACCUCAAGUCCACCGCGCUCAUGAAGCUCACAUACCUCGAGAUGUUCGGCCACGAUAUGUCCUGGGCCUCGUUCAACGUCCUGGAGGUCAUGUCCUCCCCCAAAUACCGGCACAAGCGGACGGGCUAUCUCGCGGCAGUUCAGAGCUUCAGACGCGAUACCGAAGUCCUGAUGCUCGCCGAGAACCAGCUCAAAAAGGACAUAUCGAGUCCCACGCCAACAGUGAUUUCUCUUCCGCUAGGCGCAAUACCCCACGUUAUCAAUCCGAGCAUGGCUAAUUCCGUACUCUCUGAUCUGCUGCCGCGGUUGACGCAUUCGCAUGCGGCGAUAAGGAAGAAGACGGUAGUCACCUUGUAUAGGCUUGCGUUGGUGUAUCCGGAGACGCUCAGACCUGCGUGGCCAAAGAUCAAGGAGCGACUGCAGGAUGAUAACGAAGAUCCAAGUGUCACGGCUGCGAUAGUCAAUGUGGUAUGCGAGCUGGGGUGGAGGAGGCCGCAGGACUUCUUACCGCUGGCUCCACGGCUGUUCGACUUGCUGGUUGAGGGAGGGAACAACUGGAUGGCCAUUAAGCUCAUUAAGCUUUUCGCGACUCUCACGCCGCUUGAACCCAGGCUCAUCAAGAAACUGCUUCCGCCACUGACCAAGAUUAUCCGGGAGACAUCCGCCAUGUCGCUGCUGUACGAAUGCAUCAAUGGUAUCAUACAAGGUGGUAUCUUGGAGGCCGUUGAAGGCACGACAGAGGGCGAAGAGGUAGCGAAGCUCUGCGUCGGCAAGCUGAGAGGCAUGAUGGUAAUCGAAGGCGAUGCGAACUUAAAAUAUGUCGCCUUGCUUGCCUUCGACAAGAUCGUACGCUCUCAUCCAUUCUUUGUAUCGCAGCAGCAAGAUGUGAUCCUGGAGUGCAUCGAUGACCCCGACAUUUCGAUACGCAUGCGAGCUUUAGACCUGGUGGUGGGCAUGGUCAACAGCGACAACCUCACGGCCAUUGUGGGACGGCUCAUGCGCCAGCUUCGAAAUGCGCCUGUCGUUUCUCCCGCCGAUGACCCUAUGAUUGAUCGAGCACGAAUGACAGAAGUAGUGCCCUACGCUGGGUCCGACGAGUCUGAUGCUGAAGAAUCUCUUCGACCACACGAGCAGAGAUCCGACCAGCCGCCACCAUUGCCCGAGGAUUACCGGGUCAACGUUAUCCGACGGAUAUUGGACAUGUGCUCGCGCGAUACUUACUCCAACAUCUCCGACUUUGAAUGGUACAUUGAUGUCCUUAUCCAGCUUGUUCGCGUCUCCCCUGCGACCAAAGCCGCAACUACUAUGGAAGAGGAGGACGAUUCUGAACAGCCGGAUGAUGUAGGGCGGGCCAUCGGACGAGAGCUCCGAAAUGUGACUGUACGAGUCAGGAGCGUCCGAUCGGAAGCUGUUGACGCUGCGCAAUCACUCGUCCUUGUCGACAAGCGAGAUCAAAUGUUCCCCGCUUCUGGCAACGGUGGCCAGGGCGUGCUCGAAUACGCUGGUUGGCUUGUUGGAGAAUACGCCAGUUACCUCACGAAGCCCGAACCUGUCAUGACAUCCCUCCUCCAUUCUUCCUCUCUCCAACUCCCGUCUAGAACUCUCGCGGUGUAUCUCCAGGCGUUCCCGAAAGUCUUCGCCAGCAUAGCGAGCAACGACCAGAUAUCAUGGACUCCGGAACGGAAGACUCUCAUGUCUCUCCUCAUGUCGCGUAUCAUCUACUUCCUGGAACCGUUGUCCACACAUCCCAACCUGGAGGUUCAAGAGCGUGCGGUUGAGUACCUAGAGCUCAUGCGCCUUGCUGCCGAAGCCGCAUCUGGAACUGAAACUGGUGCUGAACACGGAGAGUUCACGGACCCGCCACUGCUCCUCACACAAGCCAUUCCCGCUUUGUUCUCGGGCGCGGAGCUCAACCCAGUAGCACCUGGCGCUCAGCGAAAAGUACCCGUACCAGACGACCUUGAUCUUGAUACCCCGAUAAACCCUAACCUACAAACCCUUCUCUCGCAAGCGGAGCUUGAAGGCUUCGAAACAGACGAAGAUGAUGUGUAUGCCGCAUACACAGAGCCUAUUGCUUCCUAUACCGGACCGCCAACCACCACCUCAGCAGCUGAGCGUCUCGAUGUUCCACAUAAGGAACCCGCAUCGUACCAAAAUGCCACCGAGGAAGAAUAUCUCGAUCCUGACAUCCUUGCUCGACGGAAGGCCGAGCGAAGAGAACGCUACAAGGAUGAUCCGUUUUACAUUGACCCUGAAGCUGACAAAGGGAGUGGAGCUGUUACACCAUUGGGCAGGAUUGUCCGAGAAGGAAAUGUCGAGGUGGAUAUCGACUCUAUACCCAUCAUGGACCUUGAUCUGGAGAACCGCGCACACCCUUCCUCCAGCGAAGACCUCUCCAGGACGCGGAGUCCCCGUCGUGCACCUCGCCGUGUCGAAAUCAUUGGUGACGAAACGCUUGGUCCCGAGGAGCCGUCUUCUUCCUCUCGCGAAGACAUCAUUUCACCACGCCUCCACUCGCAGACCAGGCCUAAGAAGAGCCUGCUCGAGGUCGACUCUUCAGGCCUUGGCUCGCUGUCAUUGGAUGAUGACGAGACUUCAGGGAGGAAGCUGACGAAGCUGGACAUCGAGAGGAGAGAGCAAGAGGAGGCCGAAAUGAAGAAGGCGCUCGCGGAGGUCGAGAGGCUGAGGCUGGAGAUGCAGCGUGCCAGCGAGCGGUUGGAGGCUAAGGGUGAAGCAGUGGUUAAGAAAAAGAAGAAGAAAGUUCGAAAGGCGGAGAUGGAGGGUGAGCUCGAGGGAAAUGCGGACGCCAACACGGCUCCUGCUAUCGUUGAGGGAGAAGCAGCACCAGCGAAGAAGAAGAAAAAGAAGAAGGCCAAGCCUGAAGGGGCAGGUGCUGAGGAGGGGGAGAAGGCGGAUGGAGAGCCAGAGGGUGCGGUCAAGAAAAAGAAAAAGAAAAGAAGGACUGUAGUCAUGGAUGAGGGUGUGCCUGUUGCUGAGGAGUAGGCAGAACCAGGGCUUGCUCAUAGCCAGACAGAGACGGACUACUAGUAGCAGCCAAACACACCGUAUGAUAAGAUCGAUUCAAGUAGUCAGCUGAAGUACAAUAUCAGCUCAGUUCAGCCAUGCUCCGAUGC